CAGCAAAAUGUUAUGCCCUGUUCCCGGGCUGCUGCUGAUGCCACAGGACAGCCUCUUGUCGGGUUGCGAUAACGACCAGGGACCGAACUCGAGCCGGCAUCAGGACUUUGACUCCGCUUAUUCCCGAUUGUGAUUAAUAAUUGACCACAAUUGGUUCAGAGUUCUGGAGGCUCCGAAGUGUUUUUGAGGAGUAAUGGAAUGGUUGAUUGAAUGAUAAUUGUUUCCGUCAGAUUCCCACCGAAGGAUUAUUUUCUAUCUUCGCGGUGGAGUCCUUUGAGAAUCUGUAACGAGGUUUUACUGUUAAGGGGGAAUGGAAUGACUGGUUCUGGUUUUGCAGGCGAAAUAACAGAAUGCCUUUCAUUACAUAAAUUUAUUCAGUUUGGUCUGGCAUCAUGCUAAGUUUCAAGUUUUGAAAAUCCCAUAAACUAUAAAGAAGUUCUGACAAAGUAUUUACGCAAAGAAUUUUGGCAUUGUGAAUUCAGAAAAUGGCUGGAAGUGAAAAAUCUCAUGAACUACAGCACCACCGCUUGAGGAUUUUGAAAGAACAGCAGAAUGGUAAUGCCACAGAUCUGUUGACGUUGAAUGAGAAGAAAGUGAGGGAUCGUGAGGAAAGGGAGACUCUUGUUUUAUGGAGGCGACCAAUGAUCACCCUCCAAUACUUUCUCUUGGAAGCUGUUGUAAAUUUAAAAGAAUGGGCAUUAAGGUUGUGGCAGCGACGACAGUUUGUCUUCGUCACUCUGUUAUUGUUUGCUGUAGCUACAGUUGCCUACUAUGUUGAAGGCGGGCAUCAACAGUACGUACGCUUUGUGGAAAAGAAAUUUUUGUGGUGUGCCUACUGGGUAGGCUUGGGCAUUCUGUCUUCUGUUGGACUUGGCACCGGUCUGCACACGUUUCUGCUCUAUUUAGGUCCACAUAUCGCUUCAGUGACAUUGGCUGCUUAUGAAUGUAACUCUGUGAAUUUCCCGGAACCUCCAUACCCAGAUAAAAUAAUCUGUCCAGAUGAGAAGUUGGAAGAGACAAUCUCACUAUGGGCCAUUAUUUCCAAAGUCAGACUGGAGGCCUGCAUGUGGGGAGCUGGCACUGCAAUAGGAGAACUACCUCCCUACUUCAUGGCCCGAGCAGCUCGCCUGUCAGGCACAGAAACAGAUGAGGAGCUUGAGGAAAUACUGGAACGUGAUCAGAAUGCAGAGGAUUUUCCCAACCGAGCAAAGCUGGCUGUUCAGCACCUGGUGCAAAAAGUUGGAUUCUUCGGAAUUUUGGCCUGUGCUUCGAUUCCCAAUCCCCUCUUUGACCUGGCUGGAAUAACAUGCGGGCACUUCCUUGUGCCGUUCUGGACCUUCUUUGGAGCAACUCUUAUUGGAAAAGCUAUAGUAAAAAUGCAUAUCCAGAAACUAUUUGUUAUUAUAAUGUUCAGCAGGCACAUAGUGGAACAGAUGGUGUCCUUGAUAGGGGCAAUUCCAAGCCUAGGCCCUUCACUUCAGAAACCCUUCAGAGAAUACUUGGAGGCCCAGAAAGCCAAGCUUCACCAUAAGACUGGCGAUGCAGUAGAAGCGAAUGAAAAUUGGCUGUCCUGGAUCUUUGAAAAAGUAGUCAUCGUCAUGGUGUGCUACUUCAUUCUUUCCAUCGUUAACUCCAUGGCUCAGAGCUACGCUAAACGGAUCCAGUCACAGAAAUACACUGAAGAGAAAAUGAAAUGAAAAAUUAACCUUUUUAUUUUAACAAAAGGGACUGAAUAAGGCCCAGGUUAGAUAAUAAUUCAUAAAAACCAUCUGUUGCUUCUUUGUUCCUCAAACUGGAAUUAAUUUUAAGGAAGCAAAGUGGAUUGGGGUGGGGUGGGCGCUAUUAUAAAUCUUUACAUUUACAGGCUCUGAUAAAAACAUUUCCUUGAUUAGCAUAGGUACUACAGUUUGGAGUCCACAUUCAUGGAUUCUUACCUCUUUGUUGUCUCCAGUUUUUUGUUAAAACGUUUGAAAGUAUCUUCAUUUCUGUUGACAUCACAUUAGUGACGAAAGGAAAUUGCAGGAUGUGUGUAAAUAUUAAGUAUCAAAUUCCACUGAAAUAUCAUUCACUUGCUCCAAAUUAACUCGGGCACAAUGCUUGAAUGGGCCCUCCGUAUGAUCUGUGGAAGUAAAAUUGCAUCAGCUCCUUGAACUCUGUCAAUUUGAGGAGCAAAUUUGUUCAGUGCCUAUUUUUGAAUUGGAAUCUUCUGACAAGCAAAGCAAACAAUAUUGUCAGCUCAAAAACACAAUGGUGGCAAUGUUUUAAUAAUCUUUAAUCUAACCAGGGCUUCCUGAUAAUAAGUUAAAUUCUUUUCAGAGAUUACUGAAUUUAGAAUAGCUAAAUUGUGACAUAUUUUAAUAUUUUCCUUUAUUGCAUCUUACUUCCAUUACCCAUCUUUCUACUGCACCUCACUAAACAGAUACAUCUUUGCUGUGGAGAUUUCAUAAUGCAGGUUCUUCAGCAACUGUAUAAACUAUGAUUUGUUGCCACAAGCUUUAUACAUUGAGGGUCCCAUCAGUAUUCCAAUUUCCAAUGUUUAAGUGAGGUGCUAAAGACCAGGCCAUCAUUUUAAGGCUUAUCAAAUUGGCUGAGAAGGGAAAGCAUGAGUGUUGAUGGCUAUUAUUUUGUUCCCUUCACACAUGUUGAUGGAGGAUAGAUUUGGAGAGACCGACAGUAUAUGUAGACUAUGUCAAAAAGGUAAAUAGAUUUUUGAUUUCUAGUAUUUAUUACCUCAACCUCUGUAUUAUCUUAUCUGUCUCUUAAUGGGGUUGUAUGUUGUCUUGUGCCCUAUAUAGCACAAAACAUUUAAACUGAUAUUGCUCAUCUCUGCUCAUAUUUUCCAUAAUGAUGGUGAAAGAAAAGCUAUUAGAACCGAUCCAUCUUUAACCGAAUGUACAAAAAGCAACAUCAGUUUUUGUUCUGUAAAUUUUAACAUGAUAAAUUUAAUCUUUAUAAAACUACAUUCAGUCAUUCUACAGACUGAACCUUAGUCUAUGUCUGUCAGUUUUUGUGGGGAAUGUCAUAAUUAUGUGUGUAUAUAUAUCUCCAAAAUUUCAUCUGCCCAUUUAUGUAUAAACUCAAAUGAUGCUGAUCGUACAUAGUAAUUUGUAUACAACCAUUCAUAAAAGUAAUAUGUUUUGUGUUUAUUUAGGUACAAGUAUCAGAAAUGAAAUAAGGAAACAAAUUUGUUUUUGUUUUAGACUGUAGAGUAUUUCUUAAAUUAUUCACAUGCAAAGCACAUUGCAUGAAAGAGACAAUUCAGAAGCUUCCUCUAGGAGCUGUUUGAGCUAAAACUCGGAUUCUAUGUUAAUUACUGCAUUUUCUAAUGAGAAUAAAAUUGGAACUGAAGUAAUA